CUACAGCGGUGAAGAUUCCAGGAUUUCUCUUCCUUUCAGCCAACCCAGCUCCACCAUGCGCUCCCCUCCGCUCCGUCCCUCCCUCCACCUCUUCUUCCUUCUCUCCCUGCUCGCCUUGGUCUGGUCUCCUGCCUCCUUCCCUGGGGCUACCGCUGUCGACGUUCAAGAAGUAGCCGGUCUGGAAGGCGAUGCCGUCGGGGGGGGUCCUUCCUCCUCCUCUUCUUCACUUACUUUGGUGUACUUUGGGAUGCCGUUUAAGAUCGAUGACCUUGAUUUUUCCGAAGCGGCAGGACUGACCAUUGCGGACGUCAAGAAGAGGAUCGAAGCCGAGUACGCGAUUCCUGCAACGGAGCAGUCCCUCUUCUUGGGGACCUCCCUAUUGGACGACACCGCCACCUUAAGCGCAGCCAACAUCACCCCUGGUUCCACGCUUGAAGUGAGGCACGAAAUCGCCUUGAAAGAAGGAGUGGAGCUCCCCGCGGAGAAACAUGACUUCUCCUUUGAGGAACUUAAGGAGUACUUUAACAUCGAUUUGGCAAGUUUUCGCGCCAAAUGGGAGGCAACUCAGGAGGAAAUGAAGCAGGAGGUGUUGGAAAGCGUGGAGGAAGGCCGGCAAAUUUUGCAACAUGUGGGCGCGAGCCUCCGGAAGCUCGGGCAUUUUUUCCAAAAAAUGGCGCGAAAAUGUCUGGGGCUCCUUCAGGCGGUGGGGAGGUUGUUCACGGGAGGGAAGAAGGGAGGGAAGGAGGAGCUGUAAAGGCAACGGAUCAAGGGAGGAGAGGUGCAGGGAGGGAGGAGGGGAAGGAGGAAAAGAGGGGAGGGCGCAAAAAAGGGUUGAUAUUUAAGGGGAGGGAGGAGGGGAAGGAGGAAGGGAGGGGAGGGCGCAAAAAAGGGUUGAUAUUUAAAACUCGAGCGAGCGAAGGAGGGGGAAAUGAAACGAAAAAAUGAGGAGGACAGGAGCGAGAGGAUGCAGCAAAACGGGCUCGAGAAGGGGCUGAAUUGAUUUAACAAAACAUGGUGUGAGAGGUCUCCCUGGCCGGCAGAAAGAGUGUGGGAGGGAAG